CCAUGUGCAUUUCCGGUCAGAUAAGUGUCGUGUCACGCAUUCGAAUUAUUCAUCGACAACGUACAUCGACUACACCAUAUAGACAGUACGGCAUAGCGUCAAUUAAAAUUUCAAAUUACUUUUGAGCUUUUAGACCAAAACGACGCAUUAAGUUAUUCACAAACGUAGAGGAGAUUUCGCAGAGUUCACCACGCACAUUUUUUAUUUCUCACUUUCGCUAGUUGUUUUUAUUACUAUUUGGCAGGCUUCAAUCCGCUCUUAUAGUGUACUAACCGAUUUAUUCUUCUAGCUGGUGGAGCUUUCCUCCGGGAAUCAUAGCUUGUAGCAAAUUUCCAUUUUGUAAGGAUCCUUCGUUGUGUAGGCUAACUGUUGUGUCUCGUGGACGCAGUUACCAGGACCUCUCAGUCAACAUUGUUUGUACAUUGUGAAUUAUUUGCUCUUAGUCACAAAGUAAACAAAAGACUUUCGAUGUAAGUUGUCAUUGCGCAAGUUGAAUUCUUGUUACAAGCUUUUUAAAGUUGUAAAGAUUGUACUUUAAGCCUCACUAAUGGGUGGAUCUCUUUCGCGAAGUCCAAAGCAGAAGUCCAAGAAAAAAGUUGAAAUGGAUGGUUCGAUCGAUCGGCCCAAAAAGACCCCCAAAGCUGUCAAAAGUAAAAAGAAAGAUGAACAGCCGGGGCAAGCCGAAAAGACAGGUCAAGAAACUCUCGAUAUGGAAAGGAAAGAUAGUAAGAUAUUCUGGAUUUCGCAUGUGUCAAAGAGAACUAAUUCUCAAGACGAUAUUAAGGCACAGACAUUGGUGGACAGCAAAGCAAUUUCCAAACCAACGGGGGAGUUAAGCCCCCUAGAAGGGAAACACAGUGGCAAGCAAAACGCUGUUGUGUCAGGUCUGAAAAAGAACAACAAAGGGAAGAACUCAAAUGGAGCGAAUUCGAAUGGCUACUUGAGUGAAAAGAAAUGCAAUAGCGUGGUAUUGAAUGGUUCACAUGUCUUUGGGGAAGAAAAACAAGAUCUGGAGGACUCGAAUUCCAGUGUAGUCCCGCAAUCUCCAGGUCUGCUUCCGGGGCAGACAAGCGGGAGCAUUGAUGCAUCACAUUUAAUCUCUGUAAAUGAACUGUAUAACUAUUUCUGGGAUGGAGGUCUAAACUGUAGCAUUUUCGAUCCCUCUUAUAUGCUUCUCGUAGACGCUAGACCUCGAUCUGAAUACGAACGAGGUCAUAUAAUAUUGGCGCACUGUGCAGCAUCUCUGUACAAUGACUUGCUCACUUCUUCCACAUUUGGGUAUGGUUACAUGGCCAGUAGUGGCGAACAAGCCAUUGCCAACAGUCUUAGCGAGUAUACUCACCUAAUUGUGUACGGAAACCCUGUUUUAGACACUAAAAGUGGAGAUCUACCUGAAAUAAAACUCAUGAGAGAGCUCAUGAAUUAUGAGUUGGUAGAGCCUAUGUUGCUAGCUUCGGGUUAUGAUUGUUUUAAUCAAACUUGGCCCUUCAUGUGCACAGCAAAGGAACUUACUAUUCGGCAUGACCAUAAGGAAAUCACACCAUAUCCAUCCCUCAUUUUGGAAAACCAGCUCUAUUUAGGCCGAGGUGUUCAAGCUACUAAUGAGAAGAUAUUAUUGGACCUCAAGCUCACACAUGUUGUAAACAUUGGUAGUGAGCACCCCUCACCUUUCACUGAUCACAUUCAGUAUCUGAAUAUUAAGCUUGAUGACAGUCCUUCUAGUGAUUUAAAACUUUAUUUUACAAAGGCGUAUCAUUUCAUAGAUGAUGCCUUGUCAACUGGUGGGUGCAUUCUUGUGCAUUGUAAUCUUGGUGUAAGCCGCAGCUCAACGGUUGUCAUUGCAUAUCUGAUGAAGUCAAGAGAAUGGAGCCUUAAAAUGGCUUAUGACUUUGUCAAGGAUAGAAGACACUGUAUUCAGCCAAAUCGUGGAUUUUUACGGCAACUUGGUGACUGGGAGAAAAGUGUCUUAGGACAUAAAGAAACAGAUCCUGAUGAUUUGUGGUUUUUUUAGCAGCAACAAUGUGCUAUUCUUGGAAAAUUUGUUCUUUAUUUAGGAGACCCAUGGAAGAAGUAUGUUUCAUGUGUACAUUUCCAAGAUGGCCUGCUUGCUGCAAAGUUGGCAUUUAUAAAUUGGGAUGGGGUGUGUAUAUGAAUCAAAUUAGAUAGAAAACUAGAUAAGAUUGAUUUGCAUCUAGUUAAAAUAAAUUUUAAGAUACUUGUUCACACAGCGACCCAAAAAAAAUGACUCGAAAUAAUUGUAGCUUGGAUAUUUUCUUCUUGAGAGCAAUACAGUGUCCUAUUUGUACAGUGCAUUGCUGUAUUUAUUAUUUGGUUUGUAUAUUUUAUGCCAAGCAGCCAAAAACCACAUCUUGGUUUUCUAACUACUGUGGCUGCUUUGUGAUCAGCUUAUUUAAUAUGUUGUGAUUUGAAUGUUGCAUUUGGAUUUGAAAAAUGUAAUUCAAAUUUUAUUUUAAUUAAUUUUAAUUAAUUAAUACAAUGUUCAUAAAAAAUAUGUUAUGUAUACUUUAAGGACUAUGUUAUAAUUU